AUGGAGAAGGUUCCCUCUAACACUCGAACCGAUGCUUUUCCUGCUGGUUUACGAGUUGUUGUUGUGGAUGAUGAUCCCACCUGGUUGAGCAUCCUUGAGAGAAUGCUCAAGCGGUGCUCUUGUGAAGGAACAAUUACUGAUUUGCUGAGAUUUAUAAAGGAUAAUUAUGAGUUCUUGAACUGGAUUGAUGCAUUUCAAAAAGACUCGAAUUCAAGUUGUGGUGCAUCAGAAAUUGUGACCACCUGUUGUUCAGCAAGAGAUGUUCUGGCCUUGCUUCGCGAGAAUAGAUAUGGAUAUGACAUUGUUAUUAGUGAUGUGAUCAUGCCUGGCAUGGAUGAGCAUUUAUAUCGCUUCACAGUGAUAUCUGUUGACGGAGAAAGAAGUCGGGUAAUGAGAGGUAUUCAGCUUGGAGCAUGUGAAUAUCUUCUUAAGCCAAUACGAAUGAAAGAACUUCGAAAUAUAUGUCAGCAUGUAUUCAGAAGGAAGAUACAAAAGGAAAUAGACAUUGAAAGUAUAGAAGGAACAAUACAAGUUCAAAUGGCUAUAAAUGGAUUAGACAAGUCCAAUGGUGGGCAUUUGCUUUGUGGAGAAAAUUUAACUUCAGUGAAGAUAGGAAAAGAAGUACAAAAUAAACAUGACGACAAAGGCCCUGGUGGUAAUUUUUCUACAAAGAAAUCUGCAGUUAUUUUCCAUCAGAAAUUUGACAAAGCUGUAAAUCAGAUAGGACCUGAUUCUAAGGAAAAUGGGAUAAAAUGUUCGGAUUCAGCUUCAAGAGACUCUACUGCGAGCAUUGGUACUCAGUACUCAUGCAACUGGGAGUACAUAGCGCUUCCAAAUGGUACCUGUGGGUUUUCAGGCAAUAGCACAAGUCUCCUCCGCAAUAUGGAAUCUACGAGCUAUGAUGGUGAAGAGGAAAUUUCUUCAACUCCUGUAGCAUACUCCAAAAAGUCUGAUUUUUCUGAUCCUUCAGAGUCCAAAAGUUCACAAACUCAAUAUAGUCAUUCUUCCACAUCUUCAGGAUCAGGAGCAAACUCUACAGCAUUUGAUUCAACUUUCCUGUUCAGAUCAAAACCUGAUUAUUGA